CUCAAAAUGGAAAUUAAUCCCAAGGAGUAUGAGUUCAGCUGGAACCUCAAGGUAAGUAGCCAGUGGAGCCAGAAUUUAGAAAGAGUACAAAAAAAGGUAGGGAAUAUGGAUUAGCAACCUAGAUUAUACAUAAUUGAUCUAAAAUCAGGCAAAAUACCGAACAUUUCCCCAACAGCUAAGGAGAAAUCGGAAUUAAGAACUAUUAUGGGUGAUAAUACUCCUAAAAUAUCCAGGAAUCUGUACAGAACACAAAGCUUGAGAUCUUAUAAGUUUCAUACUCCUAAGCAAAAUUAAGCACUUAACUGUGAACACAGAUCUUGUUGUUCCUUCUCGGAAUUACAAGAUUCAAUCAGCAUUUUUCAAGAAAUAUACACCGAUAAAAAUAAAAAACAAAUCCCAAAAGAAAGCAAGUUUUGAUGUUGCAGCUAGUUCUGAUAGCAGCUUCUCCUCUCACAAUGUCACAGAAGAAGAUAUUCAACGGUUAAAAAUUAGACCUGCCAAAGUUCAGAAAGAGGCAAAGUUAUUCAGGACCAUCAAGCCUCGGCUGACUAAGAUAAACUCCAAAAAGAAUAUCUGGAGAGCAACAGGCAAAAAGUCAUACAAGAAGCCUUCUAUAUCAGUAUCCCAGUGUAAUUUAGAGAAAGAGAAGCGAGAAUCUAUUCAAAGAGCAGUUGACGAUGCCAGAAAUAACUUCGAAAUGAAACUAAAUAAAAAGUUCUCGCAGGUGAAAUUAUAUAAAUCCCAAGAGGAAAUUGACAAAAAUCCACCCGACAAAAUCCUCAAAAACAUGGCUAACUACAUUGACCUUAUCAGUCAAGCGGCUCGUGAGAAAAUCCAAACUCUGCAGGCCAGUCGUAGUUUGCGUUCCCGACUCCGUACAAACAUCGAUCAAGCUAUGACCUCUUCUCUAGGUGGUGACAGUCUCGAGAUGCUCGAGACUUCAGAGCCCAACUCGAUCACCACUGAGAAGAUCUUCUCCAAGCUUAGGUCCAGCUACAGGCUAUCCAAGCACUUUAAUGCAGAGUCUAUUAAAUAGCUUGGCUAAAAAGAGAGAGGUGUUGAAAAUGCAGCAGGUUGUUCAGGAAAAGGAAAUAAAGAAAAUCAUCGAACAAUACACUGAGGGGAAUAAGGAAACAGAACAACAAUAUUUAGAGCGGAUCAUCACUGAGGCCAAGCUACUUUCUUCAUGGGGCAAGAGAGAAGUCUUUAAGACUCAAUCAGUAGCACUAAAUACUAAAUAAUAUGAAUAUGACAAAGAUAAACCCUACUGAGCAAGGAAAGCUACUUUAUAUCAAACUGAGAAAUCAAGCUAAUAAACAACAAAAUCAGCGGAGAUUGAGUCUAGACCAACCCAGAAGAAAGAUGAUAACCCUCAAGGAUUAUCAAAACCUGACCAACAAACUUCUUAAGAUUAAAUAAAAAUAAUAUGGCCACUCGCCUUGCUGACCAAAGUGAACAAAACUCAGAAUUUUUAUAUAUAUCGAACUCAUCAGAUUCAGGAAGGUAUAUUCCUCCUGAAAGAGAAACAUCUCCAAAAAAGUUAUCUUAGAGUAGAAGAAAUCAAUAAGAGCAGCAGAAUGCUCAAGAUUGAGAAGGAUUUCAACUUGAAAUAUUAUUCAUUUAGAAUCUUAAUAUUUCUCAAUAAAAGAGAUUUAUAU